GUUCAGGCAGCACAAUCUGAGGCCAAGAUAGUAGCUCAGUAUCAUGAGCUUGUGGCUACAGCUAGAGAAGAGUUUCAACGAGAGCUCGACAGUAUCACCCCCGAUGUACAGCCUGGCUGGAAGGGGCUAAAGAUAACUGACUUAGCUGGCCAGUUAUCGACGGACGACUUAAAUUCUCUCAUUGCACACGCCCAUCGUCGCAUCGACCAGUUGAACAAGGAGCUGGCGGAGCAGCGAGUGAGGGAACAGCAACACAUCGAGUCAGCCCUGGAGAAGCAGAAACUUGAAGAUAAAAAAGCAUUUGAGGCAGCCGUGGCCAAAGCUCUGGAACGUCACAAAAGUGAAAUUGAAAUGGAACAGGAGAAGAAGGUUGAAGAAGUCCGAGAGGUGAUGGAGAGCGAAAUGAGGACCCAGCUCCGGCGGCAGGCUGCUGCCCACACAGACCAUCUGAGAGACGUGCUGAAGAUCCAGGAACAGGAGCUAAAGGUGGAAUUUGAGCAGAACUUAUCAGAGAAACUCAGUGAACAAGAAAUGCAAUUCAGACGCCUUACUCAGGAACAGCUCGACAACUUCACGUUGGAUAUCAACACUGCCUACGCCAGGCUGAAAGGAAUCGAGCAAGCAGUCGAGAGUCACGCAGUAGCAGAAGAGGAAGCCAGAAAGGCCCAUCAGCUGUGGCUUUCUGUUGAAGCACUCAAAUACUGCAUGAAAACAGCCUCUGGCGACAGUCCCACCCAACCGCUGGCGAGCGCGGUGAAGGCCAUCAAAGCCAGUUGUUCUGACAACGCGUUUACAGAAGCCUUAACAGCAGCUCUCCCGCAGGAGUCCCUGACGCGGGGAGUGUACAGCGAGGAGGCUCUCCGAGCACGUUUCUACACAGUCCAAAAACUGGCCAAAAGGGUGGCGAUGAUCGAUGAAACCAGAAACAGCUUGUACCAGUACUUCCUGUCUUACCUGCAGUCGCUGCUCGUCUUUCACCCUCAACAGCUGAAGCCGCCUGCUGAGCUCAGCCCCGACGACCUCGAUACGUUUAAAUUACUGUCUUACGCUUCUUACUGCAUUGAACACGGAGAUCUGGAGCUGGCAGCUAAAUUUGUCAACCAGUUAAGAGGAGAAUCGAGGAGAGUGGCACACGACUGGCUGACCGAAGCGCGAAUGACCCUAGAAACAAAACAAAUAGUGGAUAUCCUGACAGCGUACGCCAGCGCCGUGGGGUUGGGGACAACGCAAGUGCAGUGAGUAGGGUUGUAGCUUCGGAGGCUGUUCAGUGAUUGUUUGUGUUGGAAAGAAACCCCACCAUGCCCCACGGGUGGCAAACCAGGCUGUUGGCAGGGGCUGGAAGCGUUACAUCAAAGCACGGGUACGGUCUUGUUUCCUUGCACUGUAUUUAACUUCACCACCUGUUGUAUUUGUAUUGAACCGACUUCAGGAAGCUACUUUACAAUUUGUGUAAGAAUUUUGUUUCCCCAUCUUACCAAGCUGGCUUGUGAUCCAACCAAAAUAAUGUUUGUAACCUGCCAUUAAUGAUUUGCCACUUUGUCAGCUGAAUAAAAACAAGACUUCAACCA